AUGUUGCAUCCUCCGCUUUCGAACGCGUUUCCCAUCCCAUGUUCUUCAGCCACUAUUUCAGAAUCUAGUGAAAUUUAUCAAGCUGAUCUCACUGCCCUAAAAUCUGCGGUACCAUUCCUUACAAAGCCGUUACUAGCCAUUGCAGGCUUCUCAAGUCCCAGUAAUAAUCCUGAAUCUACAACCAUCUCUUUUCCUAUUCAGACAGAACCGCGAUGGCAAACUCACCAGCAAACCCUCAGUUUGGGGGUUGCGAACAGCCCUAGCUUAUCAGGAUCUUCGUCUUUAUCAUCAUCUCUAAUCUCUCUACAUUCUACCCCCAAUGGCUGUAUAACUAGUCAGCAAACUUCGGUGUCUUCCUUACCUGUACAUUCAAAUUAUGUUCCGUCUGGUGGCAGGGACUCUCGCUGGCUUAAACUACGUGUAUGUGCAUCGGUUCUCGGGAUAUCUAAUUCUUUACAGACUAACUCCAACCAGUCUGAAAAUGAAUCGAAGAUCAACGAAGACAAAUGUUGCAUAAAAUUGGAAAAUCCUAACACGAAAGUUAGCUGUUCGACUGAUUCAGGCCAAAAUGAGAAUGGAUCAAGUUUUCACUGUACAAUUUUGGGAACUGCAUGUCCAUAUGCUCACCCGCCAGUAACUGUUCGAGUAGACAAUGGUUAUGUAACAGUGUGUUAUGAUUUCAUCAAGCGGAAGCUCUGCAAAUUUUCCUACUGUAAAUACUAUCAUCCACCUCCGCAUCAAAUUGAAGCGAUUAUUAAACGUGGCGAUGAGCAAAGAAAACUUUUGGAAAGUCAACAACGUUUAUCCGAACUGAAGACUUCCAAUCUCAUUCCAAUGCAACCUUUGCAACAAACACUGCCAACCGGUUUACCAACUCUUACUGUUCUGCAACAUACUAGUUCUGGUCCUGGUCUUUUAUCAACCUCAUCCACACUGACUGGAGGAGGCUCAACACUUUCCCACGAACCAGUUAAUUGUAAAUCAACGAGGAAUGGUGAUAGGCCUACUUUUGUUACAUCAGAGCCAAGCUUGUUAAGCUUUAAUGGUUGCAGUGCUACUACGCAGCUGGCGAAUUCGCUAUCAAAUUCUCAAUCCACAGAACAAUGCCAAUCUACUCAACAAAAGCUACCAUUUACUGCGGCUAAUUUACCACCCACUUGGUCGUUAGCAGCAUCCACUUCUGUUACAUCUGUUGAUAAUAACUCUCCAAGUGUUACAAUGAGAAGUGAAGCUACAAAUGUUGUUCCUGGCAAUCACCACACAGCGCUUAUUCGUGUGGGUAUGAAACGUGAGGCUAGUAUUGCUUCUGGAAUUGUUGAAAAUGGCUUGGACAUGCAUAAAUGGUUACCUACGAAAAAAGCAAAUAUAUCUACCUCAUCAUCGCUAGAUGGAGUGAGUCAGAAUAAGGAAUCGAUCAUCUCAUGUAAUGGUGAUGAUAAACUUGAAAGUUCUUUCCAAAAUUGUGACUCCAAGAGUUUUUCUUCUGAAUCUGGAACAUCAUUUCCUACUAUUUUCACCUGUGGUCCUGUCAAUCCUGGAUUCAUUCCAAUAAAUUCAUGUACAGAGGUAGGGGGGCCUCAUGCCACUGCCGAAGUAACAACUAUCUUGAAUCCCUUAAAUAUGAGUAUUUAUGGACUUCCAUUCUCCUCGCAACCUACCGCUUCUAUUUAUGCACCAUCUCAGUUCUUAUAUUCACCACUGUAUUCUAUGAAUAAUAGUUGUGAUGCCUCUACAUCUAUGGCUUCAACAGCUGCAGCCUUGGCACUGAACAAUUUUUUAAUACAGCAACAACAACAAAUACCGUCUCAUCAAUUAUUGCGUACUCAGUUGCCUACAGUGUCAAAUCCACAGUUAUCUGGACCUGGUCUAUAUUCGUCAUAUGUACCAUCAACUCUAGCCACUGCUGCAGCUUUAGCUGCAACUCAACAGUCUCCAUCUCCUGAUAUACAUGCAAAUAAUGCAAAUUUUGCUUUUCAACAGCAACAACAGGCUCUUCUGUUAUCUCUCCUUCUUCGGAGUCAACAAGUUCAACUGGCUGCAGCUCAGGUGGCAGCAGCUGGAUACCUGUCACAAAAUGAUGCAUCACGAUUGCCUCCGAUUCCCACUCUCCAAAAUCCUGGAUGCGUACUAGAUUCGUCUUGUUCAUUAGGGACGAGUCUUACAUCUGGUCCUUAUGGAACUAACAAUUUCUACUCACAAAAUCCAAUGACAAAUGUAGCCUACAUCAACGAAAAAGGCCAUCUUCUGGAAACUUUGCCAAUAUGUCGCGAUUUCAAAGCUGGGAAAUGUCGUCGUAAUUCAGAGUGUCGUUAUGUUCAUCUUGUUGACGAAAACGUCGAAGUCAACCAAGGUCGUGUGAUUGUAUGUCGAGAUGCAGCUAAAGGCAGGUGCACACGUGUACCAUGCAAGUAUUAUCACAUUCCUUUGUUCGCCAUCUCAGCUAAUCGAAGUAUGGCACUGAAUUCUGCUCUGGCAAAUGCUACGGGAUUUUCAACUAUCUCAACUCUAUAG